AUGUCCAACGGGUGGAUAGGGCCAGUCGUAGAGAUACUAAUUGUUCCCGAUGAUCUGCACACGCUCAAGGCUGAGUAUAAUAGCACCAAAGUCACAAUGCGAUUCUGGAAUGCUCUUGUCCCAAUCGCUCUUGUUCCCGUUGUCACAGCUGAUAUUCAUUUUGGCCCUGCCGGGUGCUGGGACAAAGACGGACACCAAAGUGGUCCAACGUAUCUGAUUUUCCUCCCCGAAAAGGACGCCUCAUGUUGGGCUGCAACGAACCCGAGGUCCUUGUACCCCUGGCUUCAGUACGGCCAAGCCACAUACCUCAACGAAGUGACCACGGAGCUUUGCGGUGUUAACAUUACGGUGACAUUCCACGGGAACCCGGUCCCUCCCGAUUGGACCAGUUCAGAUGGAGGACAUGGUCGGUGUUACUGGUAUACGGGUGGUACACAAGCCAAGCGUUGCGAUAAGUUUGCCGAUUCAAAGGGCUACUGCUUAUUUCAGGAUAUGGGCUUCUGCGACUUUCACGUGUGCAAAUAACCCGUUGUACAGUGACCAAUGCAGAUGUCCGAAAUCUUCGGCAUCUGGAUGCUGGCUGCCUUGUCAGGCUAGUCAGCCAAUUAACCCACCCUAUCAAGGGGUGUUUUUUACGCUUCAAAUAGGGCCUAAAUGGCCUAUUUCAAUGUGGACGUCCUGGGACGUCCUGGUGAUGCGGCUUGCUGCCAAAAAUGGACUGUGGGAAAAUCUGAGGACGUCCUGAUAACUAUGUGCCUGCGAUGUUGUACAUACGGCUAUUUACAUAAAUAGUAGACAGGAAAAUGGAAAAGAUAAAUCAAAAUUAUCGAAAUUAGGGCUGAGGUGGGGGAAUGGGCAAUGUUUCUCAAUGAUUUCGAG